AUUCAGUAGUUCCUGUAUCAAUGUAAAAUACGGAGAAAAAACUUAAACAAUGGAGAGAAAUAUAUCACCGACAUUUCGCAAGUGGAUGAAGAAGUCGACACAGGAAGAAUUUGGGAGUGUUAUUGAAAAGGACUUGACAGAGGAUCAGGAUACUUUAGAGAUUGCUCAAGAAAUUAUUAAUUCCAAGGAAAUGACAGAUUUCUUAACUACAAUUAAAAUUGCCUAUCAUCAACAUCGUGACACAUUAAGAUUCAGUACUGAAUUAGCUGGAGAAUCUCGUCCACAGACGUCAAUGUCAUUAAGCAGUGAUUUAUCUUGCGACGAAUGGAACGCGUUAAAAUAUCUAACUGAUCAGUACAGUUACAUAAUCAAUAAAAUCAGCUGCGAUAAGCCUGUUCACGUUAGACUAGCUGGAUAUGAAACGCUUUUAAAGAGUGAAUUGACUAAUGCUGCGACUUCGCAAUCCUGGGAUGUUUUAUUGAAGACAUUGAGGGAUGGCAUAGCCGAUGGAAGUAGAGCUAUCUUUGAUUCAAGCUUAAAGGUUCAUUCUAAACUGUUAAACACUCCUCAGUCCCAGGAGGUAUAUACGAAUUUAAUAAGUGCAUUCAAUGCACAAUAUCAUUCAAAGAAAUUGUAUGAAGUACUGCCAAGCUUAACAACUGGUAUAAAUUUCAAGAUAUUCCUGCAUGAAAAGCUCUGUCGCAUAAUGAACUUGAUAAUCCGACAUCAAGAGGAAAUUUUAAAGGGAGUUAGAAACGUGGACAAAACCCUAGAAGAAAUGAUUGAGCAGUUUAUAGUAUUUUUGAGUUCGCAAGCCUUUGGCAAUUCCAUGCAAACUAAUAUACUAAAUACGUUACAUGUCGUUUCCAUUUUGGAACCUCAAGCUAACUGGAGCAAAAAGUGGAUUCAUAGUUUAGCAACCAGAAAAACUUUAAUGGCAGCAUUGGCCAAGUCUCCUAGCUUGAUACAACACAUAUUAAUGUAUGUAAGAAAUGGAUUGACAGAUACGCCAACGUUAAUAUCAGUAACUAUUGUUGAUGAGCCAGCAGAACUUUUAAUUUCUGGCGAAACAGUUAAAACAAUGACUUAUCUUCAUUGCCUAAGUCUCUUAGGGCAGCUAUGUAGCAACUCAGCUGGCAGAAAACUGUUAACAGAUACUCAAUUGGAGCAGCCAUUUUUGGUUUCAGACUUUAUACUAGCUUUGUUAGAUUCCUUAAAUAUCCUGGCUGCUAACAAUGCACCUCAUGGUAGUUAUCAGACAUCUUGCAAUGUUCUACGACAAGUAUUAGAUACUUCAGAGAUUCAGUACGAUGCUAGAUUUUAUCAUCUUACAUUAAAUCCGUUAUUGAGACCUGUUAAGAACGAGCCAAAAAUUUGGCCCCACACAUUAGAUAUAAUGACCCACAUGCUAGAUACCAAGGAAGGAUUUUACUUUAUGACUAACGAAUAUCGCAAAGGAUCAGCCAGUUUGCAAUUGGAGAAUUCUAAAAUUAUCUAUCCAAUUGUUGCAGUUUUAGAGUAUACUUGUAACCUGAUUAGACAACCCUUUUCUGUCAUGAACGUAGAGCAUGUGCUUGCAAUGUUUAAAUUCUUAGAGAAGGUAUUUGAGUAUCAUGACAUCUAUACUGUUGUUCAGGAUACCAUAAGAAAUUUAUUUUAUCCUGUUAUUACGUAUUUGUAUAACAAAAUGGAUAAGUAUUAUGUUGAAAAUGAGAAGAGGAACCAACUUUUAGAUAGCGCAGCUAAAAGUAUGCUACUCAAAAUUACAACAAUUCCUCUGGGUUUAGAAAUGUUGGCUAAAGAAAAAUUAGUUUUUGAAGAUCUCAUUAGAGGAUCGCUGACCCCAUUACGAAUCUCGUGGAUUUCCAAUGAUAUUAUGGCUUUCACAACGUCAGCUGCUUUAUUAAAUCCUGGAUAUAAAAUUGUUUUCAACGUAGCACCUCAUGCACUAUCACCUAUCUUAUCUGAUGUUUGCAAAACAGUGGAGGAUCCCCUGCUCUUUCAUGAUCCCUGGGAUAAUUUCAAAGUCAAACAAUUUUUGCAUAUAUUGAAACUGAUCUCUUUAAACACCAAAUGUUUCAUUGCAUUUGUGACAAAUACACAUAGUACCGAUGAUACUGAUGAUGAUAAUCAACCUACAGGAUUGUGGGAAUUGAUGCAACAUGCAGUAAAUUUUUAUUCGACUUAUCACUGUCUGGGAUUAUUAACAUUGAAAGAGAUUAUGUGGAACAUGGACAUUUAUAUUUAUUUACAGAAUGCUCUAAACAUUCAGAUGGAAUUGCUCAAGCUACAAGGGCACUGUGCAAUUCAAAUUGAAGAGGAGGGUCAGUUAAAAACGGUAUAUGCACUUGAUGAAUGUAGUUUUCUCAGACAUGAGAUUUUACUAAGCUCUUAUUAUAUGAGACCAAGGCAAAUGGAAAAUAUAGCUGAAUUGCAAGAAUGUACAUUAUUCUCAAAGUUACCACCGCCAGAAAAGUAUCAUGAAACUAGAUCACUGCAAAAUAGAUCUUCACAUUCUGAGCUCAAUAGAUUUUUACAGGAGAGCAAGCCUGGUUUGAGGGACAAUAAUUGGGUGACUGAGGCAAGAAGAGCUCAUAGAGAUUCGCGAGGUCCAUUUAAAAGUUCUGUAAUAAUGGAUUUAUUGGAUGAGAUGCAAAAAGCUAUUCCAAUGGCAGAAUGGACGGCAGACUUUAAAUGGCCAACAAUUAAGCAGAUCGAAGGAGAUUUAUGGUCUCCUGAGGAGAAUCAAGGAGUCAAAUUGACUUUACAUUAUGCAGAGCAAAAUCAUCUUUUGGAAAGCAGUCCACAUAUUAAAGAAAAUAUGAAAAUAUUCUUUCGCAGUGCACACAAUUUUGUUCGGUAUAAAAGGCCUGAUAAAUUUCAAGGAUUCGAUUGGUUUUUGGCAACAGUAUUUAUCAUAUGUAAUGGAAACAUGGAAAAAUGCAAAACAUUCAUUACACAAAUUGUUAAAUUUCCAUCUACAGCUUUUGUCUGGUUGGCACUGGGUAAUUUCCUUAAUCAAAAUAAGGAAAUGCAAAUAAACACAGAAUUCAUAUUAGCGCAUUUGUUAGAAGGCAUAGUUGGUAAUGAGUUUCCUGCCAUCAAAUACACACUCAAGAGUAACUGCGGAAUUGAUUGGUGGAUGAUAUGUAACAAAUUAUUAUCUCAAUGCUUUUGGGGCAUACUCCCUUGGAGUGAAAUCAUUAACUUUUUUGCAAUUCUCAUCUUAUAUCCCUCUGAUUACAUAGUAUAUUAUUGUACGUCAUUACUGAAUCAUUGCCAUGAAAUUAUAUUGCACGAUAUCGCAAGCAACAAAUUGUGGCCUGAAUCCAUGAUCCUGGAGGAUUAUCGGUGCCACAAUCAAUUAGCAUUUAUGGAUCGUUUAGGAAAAAGACAUAGGAACAAAGUUCUACCUAUAAUGAGCCUGCAAGAUUUGAAUAUGUCAAUAUAAGGAUAUUUCUAAAAACAAAAUUGUUGUAAAGUAAAUAUAAAAAGCCUAUCGUUCC